GCUUAUCUUCAUCUUGGACAAGCUGAGCGAGCACUGGCUGAUUGCAACACGUCUCUUGAGCUGCUUCAUCAAGUACAGCAACAGGAAAAUAAACUUUUAGAAUCGAAAGAAGAGGAAAAACCUGAAAAGGCGACCGGCGAUGACAACUUGGAGGAUGAUUGUAAUAUGCUUACGUAUGUUACCCAAUCAAGUCGAAUGCCCCGACCUCGGAUUAGGCCUCUUCCGCACCCUGCUCUGGCCAAAGCUUACUUGCAUCAAGGUAAGGCCUUGGCUGCUCUCGAUAAGCCUGCCGAUGCGUUGGAUGCUUACGCCAAAUCAUGGCACUUUUAUGCUCCUGAAGCCUCACCAGACUUUUCGGCCAUUGUUCAUUCUUCAUCCGAUAAGGGCAAAAGCAGUCUUACAGAUGCCCAGAACAACGUUUCAACUAUCAUAAAAAAUAGUACUGUUUGGCCAAGCUUCUUAGCGGAGUAUGUGGCUCAAGCUAAGGCCGCAUUGGAGGCUCGCCGGCUUGAGCUACAAGUGGAAGAACAAUUUGCUGCCUGUGCUAUUCAGACGGGACAGCAAUUGCGAAAGGCCGAUUCUGCUAGGACUGCUGAAGACCACCAGGAUUCGGGUCAAAUGGUCAUUCAGCUGAUCGCUCAAUUGUCUCGUUGCGGCCAGCCGGCCGCCUACUAUACAGCAGGUAUGCGUCAUCUCACUCAACUGAUUGUAAAAUCUCCCUCCACUGCACCUAACUUCGCUCCUAAUACAACCAACUUGAACGAAAAACCGUCAACCAUCGAAUCCUCAUUUAAUUCGCCUGUACCUCAUAAGUCCGUGAUUAAUAAGGACAUUUCAACGACAUCUACAGUCAUCCAUGCUUGUGCAGUUCCUGCUCCAUCAUCCAAGUUGGAAGGCAUCAACCCAGUCCUCAACGAGGCCAUCGUCGAGGGAUCUAAGUCAGUCGGCUCUACCAGGCUUAGUAAGCAUGCUCGACGGCGCCAGAAAGCCGCACUGGCACGGGCUGCUUGUGCUGACCGCCCUAGUACCGGCACCAUCAGCUCAAAUGGUUUUGGGCCUGUCUUGGCCGACACCACUAGCAAUAUCGCAAGUACAAAGAACUCUACUGGCCUAAUUUUAGCACCCCCAGGCCCUGGUUCAAACGUUCAUGAUCUCAAUAGUUCUUCGAUUUGUGAUGUAAAUACGCCUCUUCUUGUUAAGGCUAUCUAUUCCAGUGACACCGGGUCAUCGAAGGGAUCCUCAACGAUGGAAGCAAGAGAAUCUCUUUCACCAAAGACUCAGUUGCAGACAUUGUUUCGUUCAGGCAACUCAAAUUUCAGCCCCGUCGACCUAGCAAUAGAUCGCUUACUCGCCUUGCUGCAAUUGGCAUCCCAACUUGUGAAAAACUGUCCCGCCAACCAGAUUAGCCUGAUGGUCCAUUCGCCUAUUCUGGUUGAUAUUGCGCUUGGUUUUAGCCUCCAUCUCUUUGGAAAUUCUGCGGACCUAAGUUCGGACCCUAUGUCUCUUGAUAUUGACAAUACAGCUAGUCCAACUAAAGACCGAUUCAGUCUGUUGACGCAGGUGGCUGGAAUAUUGUCGGACCUAAAUAAUAGCCAACUCAGCUUGAAUUCCGCUCACCUUCGCCGACAUCUUUUACAUGAUGUACGGGCCGCCGGCGCCGCUUUUUUGGCAACGAUGACUGAUGAUGUUGUUGGCCGAUCCGAGCUUUUGGGACGAUCAACUACUGCAUCUUCAGUUCGAGAUUCCAAUUCUUGCACCGAUGAAACUUCUCACUGCCCAGGGGCUUCACGUCUACUUUCUAGCCUAGCUGUCUGUUUGUCGGCAGCCUCAGCAAACAAGAAUGCUAACGGCCCGCUCGCCACUUCUUCCUUAUUAUCCCCUCCUACAGAUAGCUUUUCCCGCCUUCGUGGUAUAGCUCUUCGACGGCCAGAUCAAAAGUGCACCUCGGCUAUCACUCCUGUCCUUACAACUACAGGUAGCGUGGCGACACCAGCUAUGUCGCCAUCUAUGUUAGCCACAAUGAAUAGUGCAACCAGG